GAAGCCCUUACCAGCCGGUAAUUGAAGCGUUAGGAAACUAUCCACAAAAGAACUUCUACAAUGUCGCAAAGCUUGGAGGCGCCAAGUAUGAUACUCUGCCUUAUUCCAUACGAGUGUUGUUUGAAUCCAGUAUCCGUAACUGUGAUGGCCUCCUAGUGAAAGAAACGGAUGCUAUGAACAUCUUAGACUGGAAAACAAAACAGAAUAAUGUUGAAGUGCCCUUCUGUCCUGCCAGAGUUGUUCUUCAAGACUUUACUGGAAUUCCAGCAAUGGUGGAUUUUGCUGCCAUGAGGGAAGCUGUGAGAAACGCUGGAGGAGAUCCUGUGAAAGUCAAUCCUGCCUGCCCGACUGAUCUCACUGUUGACCAUUCUCUGCAGAUUGACUUCAGCAAAUGUGCAAUACAGAAUGCUCCAAAUCCUGGAGGUGGCGACCCGCAGAAGGCAAUGGCAAAGCUUUCUCCACUUAAAGCACAGCCUCGGAAGCUGCCUUGCAGGGGGCAAACUGGCUGCAAGGGGCCAUGUAGCGCCGGAGAUUCAAGCCGCAACUCAGGACAAUUUUCUGCGCAGAUUGAGAACACGCCUAUCCUCUGUCCUUUCCAUCUUCAGCCGGUGCCUGAGCCUGAGACAGUAUUGAAAAAUCAAGAGAUGGAAUUUGGCAGAAAUAGAGAGAGGCUUCAAUUUUUUAAGUGGGGUUCAAAGGUUUUCAAGAACGUUUCCAUAAUUCCACCUGAGACUGGAAUGGUGCACCAAGUUAACUUGGAAUAUCUGUCAAGAGUUGUUUUUGAAGUUAAAGAUUUCCUAUAUCCAGAUAGCGUGGUUGGCACAGAUUCUCAUACAACCAUGGUAAAUGGCUUGGGUAUCUUGGGCUGGGGUGUUGGGGGCAUUGAAACAGAAGCAGUGAUGCUGGGGAUGCCGGUUACGCUCACUUUGCCUGAGGUGGUUGGGUGUGAGCUGACAGGCACAGCCAGCCCACUUGCUACGUCCAUAGAUAUUGUUCUAAGCAUUACAAAGCAUCUUAGGCAAGCUGAUGUUGCUGGAAAAUUUGUUGAGUUUUUCGGGAGCGGAGUUUCCCAGCUGUCUGUAGCAGACCGAACCACAAUAGCAAAUAUGUGUCCUGAGUAUGGUGCUAUUCUGAGCUUUUUCCCUGUUGAUAAUGUGACAUUGAAGCACUUAAAGCAUACAGGUUUUGACAAAGCCAAGCUUGAAGUCAUGGAAGCAUAUCUUAAAGCUGUGAAGUUAUUUAGGAAUGAUGAGAGUUCUUCUGGAGAACCUGAGUAUUCCCAGGUAGUGCAAAUUAGUCUAAGUUCUAUAAUUCCGUAUGUCAGUGGCCCCAAGAGGUCCCAAGACAGAGUGGCUGUUAAUAACAUGAAAAGUGACUUCCAGGCCUGCUUAAAUGAAAAGUCUGGUGUUAAAGGGUUCCAGAUUGCAGUUGAGAGACAGAAUGACAUUGUACCUGUUCAGUAUGAAGGAAACGAAUACAAGCUAUCUCAUGGCUGCAUUGUCAUUGCUGCAGUAAUCAGCUGUACAAAUAAUUGUAACCCCUCGGUCAUGCUUGCUGCAGGACUCCUGGCAAAAAAAGCUGUUGAAGCUGGCCUAGUGGUUAAACCCUACAUAAGAACCAGUUUAUCACCAGGCAGCGGAAUGGUUACACAUUACCUCAGUUCAAGUGGAGUACUACCAUACCUCAGUAAGCUUGGGUUUGAGGUUGUCGGUUAUGGGUGUUCAACCUGUGUUGGAAACACUGCCCCCUUGCCAGAAGCCAUCAGGAAUGCAAUAAAACAGGGUGAUAUAAUUGCCUGUGGAGUAUUAUCUGGAACAAAGAACUUUGAAGGACGUCUCUGUGACUGCGUCCGUGCCAACUACCUUGCUUCUCCACCGCUAGUAGUUGCUUAUGCUAUUGCAGGCACCGUUAGAAUAGACUUUGAAACAGAGCCUUUGGGCACUGGCUUUAACGGCGAAAGUAUUUACUUACGAGAUAUUUGGCCUACCCGAAGAGAACUUCACACAGUGGAGGAAGAGUGUGUGAUAUCAUCCAUGUUUAAGGAAUUGAAAGAAAAAAUGGAGAAAGGAAACAAACGAUGGAAUUUACUGGAAGCUCCUGAGUCAACUUUAUUUCCCUGGGAUUUAAAAUCUACUUAUAUCAGAUGUCCUUCUUUUUUUGAUAAACUUGCCAAAGAACCGGUUUCACCACAACUGAUUGAAAAUGCCCAUGUCUUGCUCUAUUUGGGAGAUUCUGUAACCACCGAUCACAUAUCCCCUGCUGGAAGCAUUGCAAGGAGUAGUGCUGCUGCUAAGUAUCUGACCAACAAAGGUCUCACACCUCGUGAAUUCAACUCUUAUGGAGCUCGGCGAGGUAAUGAUGCUGUGAUGACAAGAGGUACCUUUGCAAAUAUCAAGCUUCUGAAUAAGUUCAUAGGAAAACCAGCUCCUAAAACAAUUCACUUCCCAUCGGGACAAACGCUAGAUGUGUUUGAAGCAGCGGAGUUGUACCAGAAAGAAGGCAUCCCUGUAAUUAUUCUAGCAGGAAAGAAGUAUGGACUGGGUAGCUCAAGAGACUGGGCUGCAAAAGGGCCUUUUUUACUGGGUGUGAAAGCUGUCCUGGCUGAAAGCUAUGAGAAGGUUCAUAAAAGUCAGCUGAUUGGAAUUGGCAUAGCUCCACUUCAGUUUCUUCCUGGGGAAAAUCCAAGUACUUUGGGUCUCACUGGCAGAGAGCAAUUUUCUAUAUUGUUCCCUCCAGAGCUGUCGCCAGGAAUGACUUUGGAUAUUAAGACAAGCACUGGAAAAGUAUUCAGCGUGAUUGCCUUGUUUGAAAACGACAUGGAGAUAACUUUAUACAAAUACGGUGGAAGUCUAAACUUCGUGGCACGAAGAUUCUUAUAGUGGCUACUGACUCUGUGGGUACCUUGCGUAACUGGUAAUUCUGAAAAUGCCUUGUGUGAACCCAGGAAUCUGUACUGUGGAACUGCAAACAGUCCUAGUGUGCUCCAAGUUACUUCGUCCAUGGAUGUAAAAGAUUGUGAAUCAUUGUAACUGCAACAAGAUCCUUCCUGAUUUUAAAUAAUAUUCUAAUGGUGCUAUUAAACAUUGCUAAAAUCAACAUGUGUAUUGUGGCAGAGAGCUGUAAGUAUGGAGGGGAUGUUUUAUCAGACCAUUUUGUAAAUAAACAAUGCGAAAUCUGAAA